AUGACAAAGUUAGAUUUCAUAGAACCAGAUUUUGAAACAUUGGUCAUGGAUGAACGGAACGGUAUUGAUUAUGUUCCCUUCAAGACCCCGAUUGUUGUUAAAGAUGGCUGGCAUUUAAUUUUUCAGCAAUCUUGCCAUGGUCUUGUGCUUUGUACCAUUCGGGUUGGUGGUCGCAGACGUUAUGUCGUAUACAAUCCAUCCACGAGGCAAUGCAAAACGCUUCCUUCACCUCAAUUCAGAAUAACUGGUGUCCCUCAUGUUAUGAGUGUCAGUAUAGCUUUCGAUCCUGCGAAAUCGAGUUACCUUGAAGCUGUAUAUGUUUGCAGAACAGAUAACAGCGAAGGAAUGUUACAUAUUGAGAUCUAUUCACCCAAGACAGACUCUUGGAGAGACGCAGGAGAACCCUUUCCUUUCUCUAAAUCUGGUAAAUUAUUAAUUUCUGGUGUGUAUUGGAAUGGUUCAGUGCACUGGAUCGAUAACUGGACGGGAACUCUACAUUAUUUUGAUAUUGAUUGUGAAUUAAUGAAGAAUAUCGCACUGCCUACGGAGCCAAAUCACUAUGAAGACUCGAGGAGGCGAAUUGUAUACUUCAAUGAGUGCCGGGGACAUAUUCAUCUUGUGGAGACACGCAAGGACGACAUGCCCGGUUUUGAUAUUUGGGAGUUGCGUUCGGACUAUACGGGAUGGAAUCUCAAUUAUUACGUUGAUCUUAGUCCAUUAAUAACUGUUUACCCCGGCAUUGUAAAUGAUAGAACGGUUUCACGUUUAAUUUCACGUUUAAAAUUGCGUGUGCUGUUUGUUGAGGAAGGCCAAGAUUCAUCGUCAAGGUUGAUAUUAUCGAUAACGAAUGACAAACUGAUAUCCUUUUACCUUAAAAGUAAGUGUUUUAAGGAAAUGUAUGAUGUUAAACCGGAUGUUUGGGUACAAGGAUUUGAAUAUAUCGAAACACUUGCUCAUGCGUGA